AUGCCUGUCAUGUCUCAGCCCCAGGCGCUGGAGAGCCCUAGCGGUGUCGCUCUCACCUGGAUCUUUGACCAUUGCUUGCGCUACACGGGCUCUUAUGAAAUCCCUCUGCGUACCAUGUACACCCUCAACUGCAACCCGGCCAAGAACCCGAACCGCGGCCCCGAGACCGCUUUCACCCCGCGCUCCUCCACCUCCACCAAGGCAUCCGACGACUCGAUCGACGCGGCUGCUGAUUUUCGCUCGCAGCUGAUCCACCAGAUAUCGCGUCUGCCUUCUCAGCCCUGCUCCCUUCCACCCUCCUUCCUGACCUCCUUCCUGCGUCGCUGCUUUACGGCUGAACUGGAGUCGGUCGAUUUCCCGCAGGCUCUGACCGCGUUGGAUUAUCUCAAGGAUUUGGAAGGUCGUUGGAAGAAAGAAAUGAAUGGUGCCCUCCAGCGACUGGGCAUCUCCCGCGACGAUGCGGAGAACCCGUACACCUCGGAGCUGGCUCUCAAGUACCCGGCAGUCCUGCCCUGGCUGCAGUCGAUUAAUGCCCAAGCACGCAAACUCGAGGCCCAGUACACCCAGAUCUACAUUGGCUUGCGUCGCUGGACCCUGAUCAAUGACAUGAUGCUCGAGCCCAACAACAAAGUCAACCACAUUGCUAUGCUCAACACGCUGUUCCCUCCGGUCACCAAUGCCACGGUUGCUCCCACGCGCCAGUUGCCCCCGCGAAUUUUGCAGGCGCAGCGUGAUGGAUUCUUCCGCUACAUCAAUGCCGUCGAAGCUAAAGGAAUUGCAAUCCUGCAGCCGGUCAUGUCGCAAGGCGCUCCCGGGGGCCAGGAAACCUCGUGGCCUUUGGUCUACGACUCCCUGGACAAGUACCUGGUCAUGGCUAAUGAGGUCAUUGACGAGUGUGCCUUGGUCAACGAGCCUGCUCACCUGGAGGAGUCGAGCUCUCCCCACCGUUCCAAGCGUGGUAAGGUGGACUCCGGUGAUCCAGAGAAGCCUCUCCCGCAGUUCCCUGUUCCCAAGAAGGCAAAUGGCUCCGCCCUUGAGCGUCUGGUUACCGAGAUUCGUCGUUUGGGCCCCAUUGCCAAAUCGAAGAAUUUGCGUAAGAUGAAGUCAACCACGACUUUGGGUGCUCGCCCUGGCAGCCAGCACAGCUACGCGGAAAGCUCCUUUUUUGAGAUUGAUGAGAAAAAGCGCCGCCGCCUCAUUGGCGAAGCCACCAGCCGCAAGAGCCCCCAGAUGCCGGCUCCCAACUUCCACGCUCAGUGA